GUGCACUUUAACAUGUUUAACAGACUCCAAUUAGUCUCUAUGACUAUGACAAUUCCUCUACUGCGGGACUGCUCCCUUGUUCGGACCGAAGGUGCAAACAUUGCUCUGACGAGAGCAACCAGUGUGAGUAUAGUAUUUUGUAUAUGGGCGGAGAAGAAGCCACCGGUUAUUUCAUAUCAGAUGAGUUUUCUCUUGAUAUGAUUCCGGUGCACUCCCAAGGUGCACAUGGAUCUUCAACACCCAUUAUUUUCAGGUGUUCUACCACGGUGUCCGGUCUUUUCGCUGAGACCGAGCUUUCACUCAAUGGGAUAUUGGGAUUAAGCCAAGGUCCAUUGUCUGUCGUAUCACAGUUAUCCUCUCGAGGGAUAACUCCGAAUGUCUUCUCCCACUGUUUAAAGGGAGAUGGCGAUGGUGGAGGUACACUUGUACUGGGGGAGAUUUUGGAGCCGAGUAUUGUGUAUACUCCCCUUGUCCCCAAGUAA